CGUGGGGCGCGCGCGCGCCGGUCGACAACGAAAAGGCACGAAGACGCUCACCCGUGCGCGCGUAUGCAUUUGCCCUACGCGUGGUGAGCCGGACUCGGUGGCAGCUUGCCCGGUACGUCGUUCUCCUCGAGGCGUCGGCGGUCGUUCGUCGGGGUCGUUAGACCGAGCACGUGAGCUGCGUGAGAUAGAGAGAGGAAGACUUCACUUUCGACAAUCAUCCGUCAUCGACGCCUCGUUACUUUCCUCUUUCUCGUUGCUUUCGCGAAGUGAUCGUCGAAGCAAUUGACAUGCCAUACUCGUAUUAUAUAGGACUUCAAGCUAGCUUUCCCAAAUUGCAGUUUUGGUAGGGUCCAAACGCCUUUUGUUUUUGCACCUCAAGCCUACGUUCGACUGAAUAUUGUGUUCCGCCGACCUGCGAGCAAAUGCGGGUGAAUUGCCAGUUUGCACGUCGUGCUGUGCGGUGAAUUUGCGGCACGUUGUGACAUUGCCGUCGCGCGGUGUGCGGAGUGCUUGAUGUCAGCGCGGACGACAACCACGGCGCGAUCAGAGACGCGGCUGUGUCCGAGCGACGCGAAACGUCGUCCAAGUACCGACGACCGGGUUCGUCGACUCCUUCGACUCCUGCUUUGGCGUCCCACGCCAGGAGGGCCCGUCGCACCCGCCGCCUGCUCAUAGCACCGUCUUGCGUGCAUCUUUGUAUCUAGUCGUCCCGGAUCUCUACGGUCCAGAUUCGAAAACAAGCGUGCCAUGAGCUUUGCCCCGCCGUUCCUGGUCCUCCUGCUGCUGUGCCUGCUGUCCACGUCUUGUCUCGUCAUGUGCCUCCUCGCGUCGAACAGCAGCAUCGCCUCGCUGUCCUCUCCAGUAACCGGCAACAUGUCCGUGCCGCGACUACUGGCCGAGGCGACGGGCCGACACCGGACGCGGCUGGCGCGGGCCGUCUCCUUCCCGGGCCGCAGCAGCGUCCGCCGAAGGACCGAGCAUCGUGCUCUUCCUGCAACCACGCAGGCCAGGAGGGUACCCAGCCCGCAGGAGAUGCAGGCGCUGCGCCGUCUGGUCUUCGAGCACGGUCUGGAGGAGGAGAUCGCGAGGGAGGUCCAGGGACGGCAGGCCAACUACCCAGUCGGAGGGCUGUCCUUCUUCCAGAUGCUGUCUCAGCUGUACGACCUGAACCGGUGUCGAACGCCGCAGGGUCUGCCGGGUACCUGCGGCGACAUCACACGCUGCAUCUACCUGCUGCUGGACUUUUCGAGGCUUCGGCAGUCCAUCUGCUUCCAGAACCUGGUCUUCCCUGGAGUCUGCUGCCCAGGAAGGCUAGUUCCAACCACCACGACGACGCCAGCGGCCAACACGAGGCCGACAGCUACCACAACCAGCUCUCCUCUGUCGGGCGGCGCCUCCGCGGGGAGCGACUUCUCCACGCCGCAGACGCCGGCGUCCCUCGAGGAACCGUUCACGGAGUCAAACUUCAUCGCGGUCUCCGUGGUCGAAGGUUCCAACAAGUCGUCGACGACCGCGGCGUCAAGCGCCUGGACCACGACGUACCCGGUCGCGACGGCGACCACGCGUAGGCCGCGGCCGACCUCCACCCGGAGGGCCCAGUCGAGGCCGCCCUCCACGUUCACCGUCUCGCAGGUGGUGACGAGCCCCGUCAUAGUUACCACGGUCACCAGCAGGCCCACCACGAUGGUCUUCAUCGACCACAUCGCACAGGUGCCCAGGCCUCGCCCGCCGAGGCCUCCACGGCCACCCAGGCCCCCUUCCCCGCCACCACGCCCGAUUCAGUCGCCCGCGAUGCCUCCGCCCUCCGCUGCCCAACUGCCGUCGGCGGGGCUGUCCGUGCCCACCCAGCUCCUGCCACCGCCGGCACCCACAAGGCGUUGUGGUCACGCCGGUCGGGACUCCAGAAUCGUCGGCGGACACGAAGCUUCGCCUGGCCAGUGGCCUUGGAUGGCUGCCAUAUUCCUCGAAGGUCGGCGCGGACGAGAAUUCUGGUGCGGCGGGGCACUCAUCAACGAACGAUAUGUGCUCACAGCCGCCCACUGCCUUUCCCAUCCGUCGGGUUUCAGGUACCGUCCCGCGCAGCUGAGCGUGCGGCUGGGCGAGCACCACAUCUACAACGACCGCGACCACGCGCACCCGGUGGACUUCCGCGUCGAUUCGGCCCUGCAGCACCCGCGGUUCGCCCGGCACGGCUUCUACAACGACAUCGCGCUCCUGCGGCUCGCCGCACCGGCAGAGUUCAACGACGCCGUGCGGCCAAUCUGCCUGCCGGAGGCCACUGCCGCUGCCGCCUCCUCGACGACUGCGGCGACGUCCACGGCGGCGUCACCGAAGGCACGAGACCCCAUCGCGGGUCUCAUGGCCACCGUCAUUGGAUGGGGAACGCUGUCCUACGGCGGGUCAAACAGCGGCACCCUGCAGCAGGUGUCGUUUCCGAUCUGGCACAACGAGGACUGCGACCGGCGCUACGUGCAGCCCAUCACGCGGGGAUUCCUCUGCGCCGGCUACAUCGAGGGAGGCAAGGACGCCUGUCAGGGUGACUCCGGGAGCCCGCUGAUGGUGCGCGACCGGGACCGUCACUGGCUCGUCGUGGGCGUGGUCUCGUUCGGGAGUCGAUGCGCGGCCGCCGGCUUUCCGGGCGUCUACACCAGGGUCAGCGAGUACGUCGACUGGAUACGACGCAACAGCCGGCCCUGACCACCGACGUCCGCGUUGCCUCUUCCCGCCGCGAUGCGGCCUCUUUAGACCAGUUUUCCGUCGCAUGCGCCUCCCGUCGACACAAGCACGCACCUGCCGACGUGCGGCGUGUCGCAAGAGGAGGAGGCUGUGUCGUCGCCUGUGUACCGUAUAAUGUGUUACGGAGGAGUGGCCGCACACACACUGCUGCGAAUUCGCUCGUCCUGUCUGCGCAAACGCCGCUCAACGUUGCAGCGCGCGGCAGGCGUGACCUCCGGCGUCCCGCCGGCUGUGUCGAAAAGCCCGGUUCACGCGGAGAGCAGUUGCCCAUCGCGGCGCAUCCGUCAAUAAAAACGGCGCACGAAGAUUUGCGUGCACCGUG